CCCUCGAGCAGCACAAACACACACAGAUCAAAAUGAGCUGUAAUGUGUCUUUUCACACACAGAGCAGCGUACCAUAGCACUCUUUAUUUCCCACCUCUCGGGACUCAAAGGGAUUUCUUUCCACUCGGGCAUUUAACCACCUGAUCAUGAAUUCUUAGAAAUGGAUUAACAGGUCGUGGAUUCUAAUCUGUAUAACAUGGUCUUGAGCCAAAACUGAACGAGAUCACUCCACUCAAACCUUUGUCGUUCAGAGCAAAGACAGGAACAGCUCUCCUUCCUUUGUUACAUUUUCUGAACAUUUUUUAACCUUAUUUUGAAAGUUUUAGGCUAUUAGGAGUAAUUAGUGUGAUUUAUAUUUGUUAAGCAGUAGAAGUUGCAACACAGGAUAUUCUGCUCGCUUCAGAACAUGUGACUGAUGUAAUCCUACUGUACAGUAUGUGUGUCUUCUUAAAAAAAAAAAAAAACAGUGCGUUGUUUGUUUCCAGGUUUUGGAGGUUUUAAUUAUGCUAAAAUGGAAUAUAAUUUAAGAACGGUCUAAGUGCACAUCUAAAUCUACCAUUGCUGGCAUGAUGUGAACUAUUUCCAUGUCUUUCCAGAUGCCAUUAUGUUGUCUGCAAAGGUCAUUCAUUCCUUUGGCAGAUGGGGCAAUUACCUGGGUGUGGAUUUAGGCGGGUAGUGUAUCAACACAAGUCACGCAUUGUUUUGUAAAUGCCCUGUGAUAAAAAUCUAUUAACAUACCAGUAUAAAGGCCAUGCUGUACAGAAUUAGACACUUGUCUAACUUGUAUUGUUGUGAAAGUGACAACUCGCAUACUUCAUUGUCACUGUCAUUCCAUAGUCAUGUCAUUAGAAAGACACACGCCUCAAACGUUCAUGAUGUUUUCUCAGUGUGUUGUCACAGAUGGACACAAAGGGUUGAGACGCACAAUCCAAUGAUGUGGGUUAGACUUGAUAGUUUUUUAGGUCUGUAGUGUUGGCAUGAUCUGUAACUUGUGAAUAAAUGAUUUCACUUCUAUUCUGAGCUCAUAUGUGUCAGAGCUGCGUUCACAUCAGUUGUGCCUUUUGUCUAGUGCGACCUCUGUGGGAGAUAAAGUGAGUCCUAUUGCAUAACUUAAAUCCUUGGCCGUAGAAGCCCCUUUUUUAUUCAUGGCGUUCUUCAGACGAGGUGGAAAAAUAAACGCCUUUCCUAGAAAAAUGCAAUUACGAGUGCUGUAUUUUAUUUAGGUUUUUAUUGGUAAGACACUUCCAACGUGAAAUUAAAACGGUAAUAAAUAAAUACUUCCAGCAUUUGCAUAAUCCAUGCAGUUCUGGCUCCAUUUUCACUAUUUUGAAUCUUUAAAAAUAUAAAUUUCUCUGAUUUCUCUUCCAGUUGUUUCUUGUAGCAACAUAACUAAUUAUUAGUCAUUGGUCCUUUGACGGGGGAGACGUUAGUAUUUGAAGAUGUUUAAUUGAGGGCAGUCAUUUUACUUGAAAUUAGAAAAGCAGCCUGUAUAGUCCAGCUACCUCCAUGUUUAGACCGAGCUCACUGAGGCAGUCUGAGGGAAUGCAUUCAUGGAGGACCACCUUGGGUUGCUGGGGCAACCACAGUCUGAAGAAUGCAGUGUUUUUCUUUAUUGACGUAUACAAAUCAUCAGAAGUUAGAGAAAGACAGACACUAUAAAAGUUGUUUUUCUGUGCCAUUUUAUUUUCUCAUAUAAGCCUCCAAACAGAAGGUAUAGUUUAAUUUAAAGCUGUCAGCGUUCAGUAUGUAGAGAUUUACGGUAAGUGAAAAUCAAAAUCUUGUUGUUUUACUGAACUGUUCUGCCUGGUUGUCCAUGAGCCACUAAUCACAUGUUGGCCUCUUAGCACAUUAGCUAGAGCUGGCUAAAGCAAGGCUGAGUAAUCACCCUGUCUUUUGCAAUAGCUCACCGCUUAAUGGUGCAAUGCUGGGCUAAUGGACCUCAGCAGCUCUCCACCUGACCACAGACUGACUCCUCCUCUGUGUUUACUCUGUUACUGCGGCAGCCAUUAUAAGGAAGUGAGCAGGGGUAAUCAGACACCUGCACUGCCAGGCUCUGCAGGUCCCCUCCCAGGAAGGGAGGAACCAGAAGGGAAAGGGCGUCCCCUAGACUGGGUAGACCAGUGAGACACGUUCUUUAUCCCAACCUGUGGAGUUUUCUUUUUUUCUCACACGACAGCACCACAGGGCUUUAAUGUAAAGUGAGAAACAAGGUAAAGGAGACAGAGAUCAACUACAAGUACAUGGACUCCAGUGUGUAUACCGGCACAUAGAGAAGGAUCACCCACAACUUUAUGGAUACUACGACUCAACUUGUCGGAAGAGUCUGGAAUGCUUUUGUGAAAGGCAGGUGAACUAUACUCUGCCAGGAAGAUUACAGCAGGACAUGCUUCCAGCCACUGAACAGCUUGACUUCACUUGCAGCGUCAUGGGAACCUUAUUGGCACAGAGGAGGGUGAACAUUACUGCUGACAACAUACAGUCAGUAGUAGACUCACUGUGAUAUUAUGAAAGUCUACUACGUGGGACCUGUUUGCUUUUCACAAAACAGGAAUACAGGAAUAGUGGUAAGAAGAGCUGGAGAGAUUUGUCCAUACAAAGGCCUUUUGUCCCAGCCAGCGGGAGUGGAAUAGUAGCAACUUGGAUAACUGGAGGUGGGGGCCUUUUGCUACACUUUGAACUGACACUUUGCUGCUACCCGUUUUGUUUUUUCUCGCUUUACUCUCAGUUCGUGUGGAGCUUUGAGCAAAAAUGGACAGUUUGAGUAAUAACUCGGAUGGACCGGGGAAGCAGCCCGCCAGUUCUUACCUGAAUGUCUUCAGCAGUAUGCUCAGCCGAACCAGACAUGCCUCUUCAGACGCCGAGUCGGCCGUGCUGACGUCUUUCAAGGAGCUGUCGGAUGAAGAGAAUCUUCUACCUGAAGGCGGUCAAACUGCUAAUGGCGAGAACGAUCUCCAAGGGAGGGAAGGUAUGCGUCAGGAUAAUGUGACUGCUUCCUGUGAUACAGGGCAGAGCGCUGAAUCAUUGGAAACCGGCAAGGAGUCUGGCGACCAAGUUAAAACAGCAGUUGAUCUAGAGCUGGUACAGGUCACUCGGGUGGAAACAUACAUGGACAAUGAGGAAAAUGAGGUCGAGGAGGCGGCCCACAGCAGCACUAAUCUGUCAAAGCCCACCCUACCUGAGGAGGAUAAUAAUACAGUGGAGCAUGGUGAUGGCGAUGAGAUGGAAGAAGCCACUGAGGUCGAGUACCAAAUGCCUGUGUUCAGAACACACAGACUUACGGAGAGAUCCCGCAUAGAAGCUAUUCUAUAUUCGAACAAGUUCGUCAGCAGAUCUAACUCUAGGACACCCCUGGACUCUUUAGUUUCCAAACAGGCAAAUGGCCGCAGUCCCAAGGAGAGCACCGUCACAGCGUCUUUGGAUGUAGAAACAUCUGGUGAUGGAGAGAAUAGUAAAGACAAUGUAGGGACAGAUGAAGGCAAAGAGUUGGCUGGCAUAGAUUGUUCUCUGCCCGUUCCUUCCAUUAUCUCCAGACAUCUGGAUUUGGAGGCCUCAGGUCAUAAUGCUACCACAGCCUCUCCUCUAAAGGAGGAUUUAGAUAAUACGCAGAGGGAGGAGACGCAUGAAGCUGAGAAGGGGGCUGAGGAACCUCCCUCCAGCCAGGUGUCUUCCUCUGUUCCCUCCAGCCAGGUGUCCUCCUCUGUUCCCUCCAGCCCGAAGACUCCUGAAGUUUCAGUCCAAUCAUUCUCCAUUCCAGUGGAGCAGUCGGACUCUGCUGGUAUCACAAAUCACCCAACAGGGAUUAAUAACCCCAUGCCGCCGUCAUCUGCUAAUGAAGAGUCUCCAGGAGACAUCCAGCCCAGUAACGGUUCUCCCUCACAGCAUACAACUGCUCCAAAGACACCAGUAACACCACGUGCAGCUUCAUCCACUGCACCCUCGUCCACCUCAUCCCCAUCCAGGGGCACUUCGCUCUCUUCCCCCCCUUCCUUUCAGAUGCCGGCUCUCUUCAGUGGGCUGCGGGUGCUGAAGAAAGGAGCGUUGGGGGAAGACAGGGAGACUAUGUCAGAGAUCAAGCAGAGGGAGAAGGAUGCCGACUUGGCCCUGCUCAGCCUUAAAAGGACGGUAAACAAAGCCAAGCUCAUCCCCAAGCAGAAGAUGGCCACCUCUCCGACCAAAAAACAGGCGGAGCCUAAACCUGUCGCGGAAACUAAAAGCACUGCGAUGGGCCAUCUCAGUCAGCUGCUCAACCUAGACAACCACGAUGAGACCAAAACGUCAGACGUCGGGCAUGAUGGGGAUCCUGAACACAGCAGAAAAGAGUCUGAGACUGGAGAAGAGGUUUUUUCUGGACCAGAAACCUCCACAUCCUCAAAGGAGAGGAAGAAAACUUCAGACCUGGCCUACGAAACCUUCAGGAGCUUAUUUGGCCCCAAAACUGUCAAAAAGGAAAAAACAGAAGACGUGGAUGUGGACGCAGUGAAAAAGAAAAUCAAGAGUGACAAGGAAUGUCUGAGGUCUAUUUUUGAGAGAGCCUCCAAAUCCCCUGGAAAGGAGCUUAACAGUGCCGCAGAAGCUAAUACGGAGCUCAUGUCUCCUACCGACAGUGAGGACCGGACCCCGGGGCGUCUUCAGUCUGUGUGGCCCCCACCCAAAACCAAAGAUGAGGAAGAGAAGGUGGGGCUGAAAUACACCGAGGCAGAGCACCAGGCUGCGCUCUUGCAGCUGAAGAGAGAGUGCAAGGAAGAUCUGGAGAGGAUGCAUUCCGAGUAUGAGGUGCAAAUCUUCGAACUGCGAGGUGAGCAUGCUGUCUUGAUAUCGCAACUGCAAGGAGUCAUUGCUAAGAUGCAAAGAGACAAGGGCUAUAAUACAGGUCAGGAGCGGGGCGAGCUUCGCGACGCUGCUGUGUCCACAGACGACCUGAUACCCAAGACCUUCCGCACCGUGAGUAUCCAGACGGACAGGGAGACCUUCAUCAAGAGCCCGGCGGGGGACGGCGGCGGGCUUGCUCAAAGCCCCAACCGGAACGUGCCCAAAAAACUCAACUUGGACUCCAUCGGACUAAAUCUAAGAGCUGAAACGGCCCCAGGCUCUUCUGGACCACCCCCACCCCCGCCACCUCCUCCCCCUCUGCCACCAGGCCUCUUAGGACCACCACCUCCACCUCCUCCCCCUCUGCCACCAGGCCUCUUAGGACCACCACCUCCACCUCCUCCCCCUUUGCCACCAGGCCUCGUAGGACCACCACCACCACCUCCUCCUCCCCCUUUGCCAGGCACCACUGGAGCCCCGCCACCACCCCCUCCACCACCUCCACUCCCUGGAGGUGGUCCGCCACCCCCACCACCUCCCCCUCCUCCUCCUGGCCUACCUGGAGCUGGUCCUCCUCCUCCCCCUCCUCCAGGCGGAGGCCUGCCACCUCCUCCCCCUAUGGGGGGCUUCGGUUUCUUCCAGAAGGUGGAAAAGGCCCCACGGAAAGUUGCCGUUGAGCCAGCCUGUCCCAUGAAGCCUCUGUACUGGACCAGGAUACAGAUAGAGGACAACAACAACAACACACUCUGGGGUUCUCUGGAGGAACCAAACAUUGUCAACGCCAAUGAGUUUGAGGAUCUUUUCUCCAAGGCCACGCUGCAGACGAAGAAGAAGCCCCUGUCCGACACCUUCGAGAAGAAAGCCAAAACUAAGAAGAUUAUCAAGCUGCUGGAUUCGAAGCGUUCACAAGCGGUCGCCAUCCUCAUAUCCAGCCUGCAUCUGGAGAUGAAGGACAUUCAGCAAGCUGUUCUUACUGUGGACAACUCUGUGGUGGACUUGGAGACCAUUGAGGCGUUAUAUGAAAAUAGGGCCACCAGUGACGAAAUCGCCAGGAUAACGAAACAUUAUGAGGAUUCUAAAGAGGAGGAAGUCAAACUGCUGGACAAACCUGAGCAGUUUCUCUAUGAGCUCUCCCAGAUUCCCGACUUCGCGAACCGAGCCCAGUGCAUCAUUUUCCAGUCAGUAUUCCUCGAUACCAUCUCCUCCGUCCGUCGUAAGGUGGAGAUCAUCUCGCAUGUCAGCAAAGAGCUGUUGGAGUGUGAUAGCUUGCGGGAGGUAAUGGGCCUUGUUCUGGCCUUUGGGAACUAUAUGAACGGUGGGAACAGGACAAGAGGUCAGGCUGAUGGCUUCGGACUGGAGAUCCUCCCCAAACUAAAGGACGUCAAAAGCAGGGACAAUUCUAUGAACCUGGUGGAUUUUGUGGCUAUAUACUACCUGCGUAAUUUUGACAUGCAUGCCGGCACAGAAAAGAGUGUGUUCCCUAUGCCGGAGCCUCAGGAUUUCUUCCAGGCUGCUCAGGUCAAGUUUGAAGACCUCACUAAGGACAUCAGGAAGCUGAAGAAGGAUCUGACUGCUUGUGAGAAGACCACUCAGAAGGUGUGUGCUAACCCGUCAGAGGAACACCUCCAGCCCUUCAAGGAGAAGAUGGAAGGAUUCAUCGCCGCUGCUCAAAGGGAGCAUUCAGCUGAAGAGGAUCGACUCAAUGCAGCACAGAGAAGUUUCCAGGACAUGGCGAGCUACUUUGGGGUCAAGCCAAAGUCCGGGGAGAAAGAAGUGUCCCCGGGUCUCGUUUUUAUGCUUUGGUACGAGUUUUGCAAUGACUUCAAGAACACCUGGAUACGACAAAACAAGAACAUCUCCAAGGAGAGGUUGAAGGAAGCUCAAGAAAACAUCCAGAAGAUCACAGCGGAGAAGCGAGUCGAAACCAAGAAGAUCAAUGCCAACAGUCUGAAAGAGAGGCUGCGGCAGAAGGAAGCCAGCGUGUCUUCCUGCUGAGUGAAAUGACAAGUGUCGGAGCAUCGCAGAUCAGAAGGUGUGCAGGCCUCAUCUCUCCUGCGUUUACCACCUGCCUCAACAACAGGACUCGCAAUAAAACCUCGCCGGACUCUGACUACUCCCACUGCCGUAUCUCUGCCCUACUAACACCCUCCCAUCCAGAUAGAAGCUGGGCCUGCGGCGAGGAUGCAUGGCUGACACACUCAAAGUGAUGGGAGUGUUAAAGGCCAAAGGUCGAUCUCGUUCAUCCGGCAGGGCGCGACCUCUGAGUGCCCCAGCUUGUGAAAGGUCUCAAGGGGUCAGUGGGAUUCACAACAGCUGACACAUCCAAGAGGCUCCUUCUAGAUCUACAAGAACUUGGAAUCCAUUUCUCUCAGAACGGUAGAUGUCAGACAGCAGAGUGAUAAUGCUCCGACAUAUUCAAAGUGUUAAGAAUUUGUUGCUGUUAUGUGAACGGAUACGGCUGCCUGACUUGGAAAAUCCCUUUUCACAAAACAAAUCUCUCUCUGGAAGCAGUAAAAGAAAUGCAUUAAAAAAAAAAAAAAAAAGCAGUUGCCAGUGUUCUUUGCUGUAGCGAAUAGCUUUUCAUUUGCCACGGCUCAUUAAAAGUCUUGUAAAUAUGUCAUGCUGUAGAAUCGGCAGGGACCGAGCGGCGUUGAGAAGUAUGAUGAACGAUCUGCGCCGGGCUUGACGUGCGGAUUGAGACAUGAAAUGCGUGUGCGUGUGGAGGUUUCACUGUAUUGUGUAGCACUGCACCAGACUGACCUCUCCUGGGUGACAGCCAGAGAAGAGCAGAACUUGGCAGCAAGUCUCGGACCCCUCUCACACACACACACACACACACACACCUUAAAAUCAUCAGAAGAACACAAGUUUUGGCCGUGCACCCACUCCCACUUAAAAUACUAACCACACUAUGUGUCGUGCAAAAUUGUUAAUCCGUCAUCACAUUGUGUCCAGCACUCCUUUAAGCACUUUACUGCUUGCAGUAGCUGUAUAUGUCGUUGCCGCUACAAGCCACACUCCCCUGUUAUGCUAACUGCGUGCAUUCUUUUCAGAUGUCUUGCACCUUUUUGCACCUCUUUUCCUAUGCAAGAGUAUGGUCCUUAGAAGAUAUAUAUAUUGUAAUGCUUCAUGAUGAAAUCCUAUUAGAUCUUUUUUUUUUUUUUUCUAAGAAAGUCUAUUAAAGCGUACGUUUUAUUUUUGCAAAUGUAAGAUGUAACCACGCUCCUGUAUCAAUCAAGAAAAGUCUAUUUAUGUAAAGAAUGAUUUAUUUUCUGCCAAAAAGCAUCAGCUUUGGUCCCUUUGAGGGUCUAUUUGUAUGAGUUGUAACUGACUGAGAAGCUACCCGAUAGGUCGGUCAGAUAAAAGAUAUAUUUUCACAUGGAUAUUAGGUGUAUGUUGUGUCCGUUGGUUUACAGUGUAGGCUGUGAUAUGUGGAAUUUGAGUAAUUUGCUUGGAAUGAAGGCUGCCUAUACUUUUAUGUUUUGGAGAGAUGAGGUUUGUAUUUUCGGAUUUUAAGAACAUUUAAGCAUAUCUCCUGAAGCCAGAGUUGUUAUACCUCAGAUAGACUUCCAUUAUCAGAGUAUACAUAAAACCGCACCUUGAAUUACUUUUAACCCUUCCAAGUCUUUUCACAUGUGCCAUUUAUUUUGUAGAUUUCAUCAACUGUUUUACUUCAGAGGGUUUGAAAAGCAAAAAAAAAGAGCUGAUACUGACCAAGGAACUGCUGUAGCGUCUACUGUAUGUAUGUAUGUUGGUUCAUGGAAACUUCAGUAGCUCUCAUAUAGGUGCUCUGUAAUUUUAUGGAAUUGUUUUAAAUUUCAAGAAUAAACUGCUGAAUGCCGAACAAAUAGAA